UCUGUGUUUGGAAAUACAUACAACCUCAAGAUGAAAAGAAACAAUAAACUUCUUGCCCGAAAUAUGACUUACAGAGAGAUUGAUGGACCCAUGGACUAAAGAUAUUCAAAUUAACAAUGCUAAAAGACUUAGCAACGCAGAUGAUACAGACUCUUGGGAGUUCAGUGAAUGUGAUCACUUCCUUGGAAUGGGAGCAGCACUCAGUUCUUGUGGAGCAGAGGAAGUUCGUGGGCUAAUAUUUGACAACCAGACAUAUGAAGUAUAUCCUAUGACAAAGAGAAUGAUGGAACUUUUUAGCGCUACAAACAGGACUGGACUAACAAGAGAACCACGUGGUCUCCCACAUUUAAUCAAAAUGGCGGACAAAAUACCGGAAAUGGAAGAUCUUGCCGUCGGCUCUUUCAAAACUAAAAACAAAAGAACUGGAAAACAGAGGAGAAACAAAAAACAGUUCAGAGCUGGUCAUCUUUACAUAGAAACAGCUUUAUUUCUUGAUGCCGCAGCUUACCAGUCCUACAGCUACUUCUAUAGUGUAUCAGGAUUUCCAAAUCCAGACAUCAAAAUACGAGAUCUGGUGCUCAGCUGGAUGAACUCAAUACAAGCUCUUUACCACUUCCCAUCUCUUGGUACUGCUGUAGACUUCUCUAUCGUUAGACUAGAGAUUCAUAAAACACAG